AUGGUCUUAACACGAGAAAUUACGGAAGAAAUCAAAAAUGCAGUUACAACAGCUAUGGACAAAAUUUUAAGAGACCAAAGGUUCACAAAAGCAAUCACUGAUAACGUGGCAGAGGCAGUCAUUAAAUCGGUGGAAAAAAACCUAUUGGAACUAGAACAAAAACUAGGAGACCACAAAAACGAUAUGCUGGAAAUGAAACGAGAUAAUGAGUCAACACUAAAUAUACUGGAUGUCUCAAUAAAGGAGUUGAUCCAUGAAAAGGAUAGUUUGAUACAAAAAUAUGAUAACAUGGAACAGGAAACAAGAAGAAAUAAUCUACGAGUGUUCAACUACGAAGAAAGAAACAGGGAGGAAACAAGGAAAGAAAUUAUCACUCUCUUUAACCAUAAGCUGGCAACAAAACUAACAGAAGAAGAUAUUGAGAUAUGCUACAGAAUUGGAAAAAAAGAAGACAACCACCAAAAACCCAGGGGUAUCUUCCUCAAACUGAAAAAUUAUGAUGUGAGACAGGACAUUUACAAAAAGAAAAAACUCCUAAAGGGAACUGGCAUAAUGAUAAGAGAAGAUCUAACAAGAAUUCGGGUUGAACUACUUGCGAAAGCAAUUGACAAAGCUUCAAUUGAAGAUGUAUGGACUGAUGCCGGAAAAAUAUAUGUAAACAGUAAUGGAAAAAUUUCUAUAAUAAGGUCCAAAAGCGAUUUUGACAGAAUUUUCGGAAUUAACUAA